UCAGACGUACGAACAUCAAUGGUUCGGGUAUGGCCGUGUAAACGGCAGCACGCAAGAACAAACCGGGGCUCGCAAGCAGGUGCAGCAACGAACGGCAGCCGCACGUUGUCUGCCGGACGUGAGAUUAUGUCAGGGAUGAACGAGCAGCACAAGGGAUACGACCACUUUGACGAUGGUCUGCGGGCAGCAAGAGAUGGCGAUGUCCUGAAGUCGCACACGCGUUGGAAGUGGAAAAAAAAAGAAUACGCCGGGACUCGCCGGCUUUGUUCGGCACUCCGACGGAACACGACGGGACUCAACGGCUACGCUCGACACUCCGACGGGACUCGACGGGACCCAACGGCUAAGAACAGUGGUCCGGGGGCGUUCACGGGGCAGUGGUUGGCUCCUACUCAGGCUACGGUAGUCGCUCAGUUCCGCAACUAUCACGCUGAAAAGUUCUCAGGGCAGGGAGAUCCCCGCAUUGUUGAUGAAUGGAUUCAGGGCUUAGAGUUUAUCUUUGAGGUUAUGGAAUGCCCCGAUAGGUAUCGCGUAGUUUGCGCUCAGCUUCAUCUCACUGGUGAUGCAAGGCUCUGGUGGAAUGCCUACUGGAGCAUGCGUCCCGGUGAAAAAGCGGGUUGUACGUGGGAAAUGUUCAAGGAUCUAGUCCGCGAAAAGUACUACCCUUCCUACUAUCGGGCAGAGAUGGAGCGUCAGUUCUUAGCGCUUCAGCAGGGCACUCGUACAGUUGAUGAGUACGAGCGAGAGUUUACUAGACUUGCAGCUUUCGUACCGGAUCUGGUUCGCACGGAGGCUCAGAGAGCGCAGCGGUUCAUCGACGGGCUUUUCCCAGCAGUCCGUCACAACAUCGUGGGACACGAGACUCAGACCUACGCUCGUGCA